GCCCGUCAAAAAUUAAACAUCAAACUUUGCUUCAACUGCCUCAAACAAACACGAAACACAACAAAAGUUUUUUUUUGCUAGUCGACUCAUCACAUUCGAUAAAAAUAAUACAAACUUUUCUUGUUCUUGUCUUUUAUCUUGUAAGAUCAUAGAUGAUGGAGUAAACAAGUAUAAUGAACUACCGGUUUGUAUGAAAUGGAAUCAUCAAGUCGGUAUUGUGUAUCUGUGUCUAGUCAUUAGUAGUGUACCAACCGACGAAAUCUUAGAAAGUUUAAUAAACGUACAAGAAAACGAUUAGAAAACAAAAAAUAUCUUCAUUUGAAAAAUUUACUUGCUCCAAACCUAUUGUGAAGAUGUGGUUGAAAUAUUUUAUUCUGUGCGUUUUAUUAUUUACUUAUUUCAUUAUUGCAGAUGUUGGCGAUGAUUGCGAACCAAAUGGCCAGUUAUCAGAGGGUGUUUGCACUUUAAUUACUGAUUGCGAAGUGGCAAUAAGGUCUGUCAAGAACAAGAUUUAUGACAAGUUUGAAAGGUGUGGAUUUUUAGGUGACAAUGAAAUUGUUUGUUGUCCUCGAACUACUGACAAAUUUGGAAUAGGUACUUCAGACACUCCUAGUGUAUCUCUAAGGAAAGCAGAUAGAGAAUGUGAGAAAAUCAUCAAAUCAACUAUAACACCUUUAGACCUGCACAUUAUAGGCGGCGAUAUAGCAACACCUGGGGAAUUCCCACACAUGGUGGCGUUGGGUUUCGAUCGAGGCGAAGGGUAUAUAUUCGAUUGCGGCGGGGCGCUGGUGUCUACCACUUUCGUGAUCACCGCUGCUCAUUGUGUUGACACUUUAGACAAAAUAAAACCAAGCAUAAUACGGGCAGGAGUAGUAGAAAUUGGCAGCAGUGAGUGGAAUGACAAAUCUGACAUCCGAAUCGAAGAAAUAAUAAUCCAUCCGGACUACAAACGAAGGGAGAAAUACCACGAUGUAGCUCUGUUGAGGUUGGAGCGGCCAGUGAAGGUAUCGAGCGAUGUGAACGCAGUGUGUCUCUACACUGCAAAUGAAGAUCCCACAGUGCCCCUCACUAUCACGGGAUGGGGUCGUACUAGCACAUCUCGCAACGUCCGCAGCAACGUGCUUCUAAAGACGAACGUGACCGUGGUAGGGCGCAGCAAAUGUAGCGAGUCUUACGCCAACUGGCGGAAGCUGCCGAGCGGCAUCGCCAGCGGCCAGCUGUGUGCCGGCGACCCCAAUGGCUUGCACGACUCCUGCCAGGGUGAUUCCGGUGGGCCACUGCAGCUGCCGCCGGCGCGCGACGCGCAGUACCGGCUGGUGGGCGUGACGUCGUUCGGCCGCGGCUGCGGCUCGGCGCAGCCCGGCGUCUACACGCGGCUGCACCACUACCUCGACUGGAUCGAGCGACAAGUCUGGCCCAACUAGCGACCAGUCGGCCCGGACCAGUACGAGUUUGUAUAAGCGGGCGCGUACCGCUGACGUUGAUUCCGCGUGCACAUCUAUUGGCACGUCACAUUUAAUCCAUGCAAUACUACGGUGUGCCCCUUUAAAGUCGUACAAGAUUUUAAGCCUGUGCACACCGAUUUCGCAUCGAUUGCGCGUGCGUUUUUUUCUAUGGAAUUACAUAGACGCGUGCACUUCCAUCUCAUACAAAAAGCGUACACGUUACGCAGUUAGUGUGCACCGGCAUUUAUAAGCAACACCGCUCCCACCCAGAGAAAUUGUGUUUAUUAAUGUCCUUCUCCGUGCUUCAAACUACAACUAUGCAAAAUUAGAAAAAAAAUGGUUAAGGUCUUAUUUUGUUUAUUACCGAAAACUAAAAAAAAACUCGUUCCGAAUUAUUCUACACUAGAUAAAGGAAGCAAAGAUGUAGUCACAGUCUACUAAACCGAAAACGGCCAAAAUGUUAAUAGUAGUAGUAGCAUUUACGUUUUAAUUUCCUUUCAGUUUGUUUUAUAGAAAACUAGCUGUUUACCCGCCGCUUCGCCCGCUUAAAUGAUCUCGGGUACAGUUUUUUUUAUUGGGAUAGUUGGAAUAAGUUUUCCAUAGCGCAUUUAAAAUAUACACAACACCAUCUAGUGUUUUUAUUGCAAAGUUAUAAAACGUGCAUUUAGCGCCACCUAUAUCUACCUGUACGACUACAGGGUUUUCGCAAAUCCCACGGAAACAAUAAAUACCGCAUAAAGACGUAACAAAGAAACAAACUUACUUUCACGUUUAUAAUAUUAGUUACAUAUACAUGUUAUUUGAGAUCAUUUAUAGUUAUAAUUAGUAUGUAAAUAGUAUGAAUACCUAUGUAUUUUUAGUAUGAACGACCAAAUAAAUGAUUAUUUUUCGAUGGUUUUAUUUCCCAAACACAUGGUGGUUACCGUUCUACCACAGUCAUAUAACAUGCUUAUCCACUGAUCUGACAGUUAAUAGCAUCUUUAACAGUCGACAGCAUUUUUAACAGUGAAUAACAUUCAGAACAUGUAACCACCACGGGUGCGUGGAAAGAUAUCUAUACAAAGUGCGGGAACAUCGGGCAAUAGAAGAUAGUAUCGCGUCGCCCGUUGAUGAACGCACGCAUCCUGUGCCUUUGUCACGUACAUAUUUGAAAUACAACCACAAUUAGGUCUAUUAUUGUUAUAAAAGCGUAAUCAAACGACAUUACUAGUCAAAGCUCUCUAGACGACACGUAAGUAGGUAAUCUCUCAAUUAUAUGUUUAUAUAUACAAUUUCAUCUAAUUUUGCUUGUUUGUGUACAAGUAUGGCGAAAAUAGCAUUUAUUUUAUUAUUUUAUUUAUUUUUAUUUUAUAACACACUAGCAGCUCAUUAAGCUGAUGCGUACGUGUCUUGAAGUUAGGAGAUUUUCUCCAAUCUGUUCUUAAAGCUGUUGACUGAAGGUGCAGUGACAACAUAAAAAAAACAUUUUGUCAUGUGUCGUACUCAAUUUUAAAAAAAACCACACCAUUUUUUUUAUUCGCAUAAGUAGGUACAGAGUAAUAUUAAUCGAAAUUACAAAUCUAUAGCGUAUGCAUGUUUCUGAGAGUUCGGCGACAGUGUGGAGCUGGCAUAAUGUGUAGCGACUAAUUUUCACUCGGUGUAGACGUAUUUAGGCGUCUUAAAUACGACUGACGCCAGUGUUAGCAAUAUCACGCUCGAUAAAUAAUGAACAUUUAUUUAUUUAGAGGUCAUUUUGAUAUGUACUUUUUUGCGACGAAAUGUCUACAUACGUCUGCAUUCAUUCGCAUCUACAAUAACCUCAGCGCAACAUGUAAUGCCGGCUCCGCACCAUCGCGGAAAAGUUCGCCGCGAUUCUGCAUACAUUGCUGGUUUUCCAUUGCGGUAAAUAAAAGCGCUACAAACUGCGUAAUGUUCAUUCCUUCUCGUCUGCUACUGUCCUAGUUAAAAAGUUCGUCCAAACGAUAGCCUGGAGCCGGUUUAAUAAGAUAGUAUUCGGCUAGCAGUUUUUUUGAAAGACUGGUAGUCUACAUUAGUGCAUGUAGAAAUGCUUUGUACCUAUGUAAUGUAUUUAGUGGUGGAAGUACAAGUUAGAAGUAGAAAUUUAUGUACUUCCACUAUAUUGCUAUAUAUUUAUAUAAUAAUAAAAUCGAAUCGAUCGUAAAUAAAAACGUUCCAUAAAAACAUAUUUGUAAAAGUGUUUGUGAGUAAGUUUAUAUUUUUUAUCUAUUAGGUACAUACAUUAGAAAAUAAUUAAAUUAAGAAUGCAUGUGAAUAAUAAAAUUAUGAUCAGUGUGUUCUUUUUAUUUCUACAGAUUUAAGUAAAUAUGUCAUUACCAAUUUCUUUUAUCUAUGGUCAUUACAGAACAUUUUUCUGAGUUUUGAUAAAAUAUUAUGAAAUUCAUCGAUUUAUGUAUAUAAGUCUGUGGUAUAUAUUUACAUACCUAAAUCAACACGUGUAUGUAACCGUACAGAAGUGUUUAUUUCACUCAAGUGAUUAUGUGACUACUUCAACUAGUUAGAUAUUCGCCUCGUACAGUCAACAGCAUAUCAACCUACCCAAAUUCAUUGCAAAUUUGCCGCUAUUGCAGCGUCAUAGAGGUUCAUGCUAGAUAACUUGAUGUGCUGUUGACUGAACGACAUCCACGAGAGGAUAGGGAGCGGGGGAUGAGCCUAUUCUCGAGCACGAUCACAUGCCCCGGCCAGCCUUCACACAGUCUAAUAGUCUGUUUUGUUCAUCAAUAGUUUAUGUAAUUUUUUGGUCGAAUAAAAAUAUUAUCUUUCUUUA